AUGGAAAAACGUAGUAAGCGACAUCACACUCCCUCGCCAUCGGAUUCGGACAGUGCUGAGGAAACCCGGGCUAAGGAUAUAAAAGAGCGAGAUGAGUUCGCCAAGAGGUUACGGAAAAGAGAUGAAGAAAAAGUUAAGAAAGUUUCUGAAAGUUCCAGUAAACGGUCUUAUGAAGAAGCAGCAAAGAGGUUAAAAUUAGAGGCGGAAGACAGAGACAAAAUAUUACCAAAACUUCGUAUACAAUCCAGAAGAAAAUACUUACAGAAAAGAAAAGAUGAUAAAGUUAUUGAACUAGAAGAUGAUAUUGCCGAUGAUGAAUAUCUUUUUGACGAGAGCAUAUUAACAGAGAGAGAAAAAAGAGAAAGAGAACAUAAGAAAACACUAUUACAGUUAGCUAAGGAACAUGAAAAAGCUCGGGAACUUGAAAAUGUUCAAAGAUAUCACAUGCCUCAAGAUCUGGGGAAAGGGGAAAAAGGAGAAUAUAUUGAAGUUGAUGAAAAUGAAAAAUUGCCAAACUCAGAACAAAGAAAAUGGGAACAGGAACAAAUCAAAUCUGCCUUUUUUAAAUUUGGUGCAAAGGAUGCAAAGGCACAAGAUGAAUAUGAAUUGCUCUUAGAUGAACAAAUAGAUUUCAUUCAAGCUCUACAAUUGGAAGGCAACCAAGAAAAAAAAGAUGAGGAAAAGAUAUCGGAAUAUCAAAAGGCAAGGUUAACCAUUGAAGAGACAAAGAAAUCACUACCAGUCUUUCCAUUUAGGGAUGCUUUGAUAGAGGCUAUAAGAAACUAUCAAAUAUUAAUUGUUGAAGGUGAAACAGGUUCUGGUAAAACCACACAAAUCCCUCAAUAUUUGCAUGAGGCUGGAUUCACUGAUGAUGGCAAGAAGAUUGGUUGCACUCAGCCCCGAAGAGUGGCAGCAAUGUCUGUAGCGGCCAGGGUUGCACAAGAAAUGAAUGUUAAACUAGGCAAUGAAGUUGGUUAUAGCAUUAGAUUUGAAGACUGUACCUCAGACAGAACUGUGAUUAAAUAUAUGACUGAUGGUACCUUGCACAGAGAAUUUUUAUCAGAACCAGACUUGGCAUCCUAUAGUGUAAUGAUUAUAGAUGAAGCUCAUGAAAGAACGUUACAUACUGAUAUUCUUUUCGGUCUCGUAAAAGAUAUUACUAGAUUUCGACCGGAUCUUAAGUUAUUAAUAUCUAGCGCUACGUUAGAUGCUGAAAAGUUUUCUACGUUUUUCGAUGAUGCACCAAUAUUUAGAAUACCUGGUCGAAGGUUCCCAGUGAAUAUAUAUUACACAAAAGCCCCAGAAGCCGAUUAUAUUGAUGCGUGUGUUGUUACAGUUUUACAGAUACAUGCCACCCAACCACUUGGCGAUAUAUUAGUUUUUCUCACUGGACAAGAAGAAAUUGAAACUUGCGUCGAAAUGUUGCAAGAGAGAACUAAGAGAAUAGGAAAGAAAUUAAAAGAGCUCAUAAUUUUACCCGUAUAUGCAAACCUACCCACUGACAUGCAAGCCAAAAUAUUUGAACCAACUCCCGAAGGAGCUAGAAAAGUUGUAUUAGCCACUAAUAUCGCGGAGACAUCUCUUACGAUUGAUAACAUUAUAUAUGUAAUUGAUCCAGGAUUUGCUAAACAAAAUAAUUUUAAUUCUAAAACUGGCAUGGAAAGCUUGAUGGUGGUACCAAUAUCUAAAGCAUCAGCCAAUCAAAGGGCUGGCAGGGCUGGGAGAGUAGCUGCUGGUAAAUGCUUCAGACUAUACACAGCUUGGGCAUACAAACAUGAACUGGAAGAUAAUACUGUACCAGAAAUUCAAAGGAUAAACUUAGGGAAUGCUGUGUUAACAUUGAAAGCUUUGGGCAUUAAUGAUCUGAUUCAUUUCGAUUUUCUAGAUCCACCGCCACAUGAGACUUUAGUUUUAGCUCUAGAACAGUUAUAUGCUUUAGGAGCCCUAAAUCAUCAUGGCGAAUUGACAAAGGCUGGACGGAGAAUGGCAGAAUUUCCAACUGAUCCAAUGUUAGCGAAAAUGUUACUUGCUAGUGAAAAGUACAAAUGUUCUGAAGAAAUCGUAUCAAUUGCGGCUAUGUUGUCGGUAAAUAGUUCUGUAUUUUAUAGACCAAAGGAUAAGAUAAUACAUGCAGACACAGCCAGGAAGAACUUUUUCCACCGUCAUGGAGAUCACUUAACCAUAAUGAAUGUUUACAAUCAGUGGGCUGACUCCGACUACUCUGUCCAAUGGUGUUAUGAGAAUUUCAUACAGUAUAGGUCUAUGAAACGUGCACGCGACGUACGCGAACAACUGGUUGGUUUGAUGGAAAGGGUUGAAAUAGAUAUGGUAUCAAGUAUAUCUGAUGACACCAACAUCCGAAAAGCCAUCACCGCUGGAUAUUUCUAUCAUAUUGCAAAAUUCUCCAAAGGUGGACAUUAUAAAACAGUAAAACAUAAUCAAACCGUCAUGAUACAUCCGAACAGUGCUUUAUUUGAAGAGCUACCAAGGUGGGUGAUAUACCAUGAACUGGUAUUCACUUCAAAGGAAUUUAUGAGACAAGUAACAGAGAUUGAAAGCAAAUGGUUACUAGAAGUGGCGCCUCAUUAUUAUAAGUCUAAGGAAUUAGAGGAUUCUACAAAUAAAAAAAUGCCAAAAACAGUUGGCAAAUCUGCAAAUAAUUUUUAA